GGCGAUGGCGGCCUGGCGGGGGCUGCGGAGGGGGCUCUGCUGCGCGCCCGGCGGGCGGCGGCCGGCGUGGGCGGCCUCGCUGUCGCCGGAGGAGAGGCUGCGGCGGAUGCUGCCGCCGGAGCUGGGGGCGGCGGGGCCGCGCGGGGCUCCGCGGCCCCCUGAGGAGGAGGAGCAGGAGGAGGCGGCGGCGCGGUCGGUGCCGGUGCCGUUGCCGUUCCGCGCGGGGGAGCUGGCGCUGGCGGAGGCGCCGCGCAGGCAGCGGGCCCCGGUGCGGCUGCUGUGCCGGCUGGCGGCGGGCGGGGCGCUGGCCGCCCCCGGGGGGCUGCUGCCGCACGAGCACAUCAUCGGGCGGCCUCCCGGAGAGGUGCUGCGCCUGGCGGGCGGCGGGCGGCUGCUCGUGAGGCGGCCCUCGCUGGAGGAGUACGUGCUGCUCAUGCCCCGCGGGCCCGCCAUCGCCUACCCUAAGGACGUCAGCGCCAUGCUGAUGAUGAUGGACGUGCACCCCGGGGACACCGUGCUGGAGGCUGGCAGCGGGUCCGGGGCGCUCAGCUUGUUCCUGUCCAGAGCGGUUGGGCCCAAAGGACGAGUUGUAAGUUAUGAAAUCAGAGAUGACCACCACAAUUUAGCAAAGAAGAAUUACAGGCACUGGCGUGCUGCAUGGGAAAUAGGGCAUAUGGAAGAGUGGCCAGAUAAUGUGGAUUUCAUUCUUAAAGACAUCUCAACAGCUGCUGAGGAUAUGAAAUCUGUAACAUUUGAUGCAAUAACUCUGGAUAUGAUUAACCCUCAGUCUGCUUUAUCUGUUGUAUACCCAAGUCUUAAACAGGGUGGUGUAUGCACUGUAUAUUUAGCAAACAUCACACAGGUUAUUGACCUUUUAGACAGAAUACGGACCUGCAAGCUCCCAUUUUUGUGUGAAAGUAUUGCUGAGGUAACUCAUAGAAAAUGGUUGGUACUUCCUGCUAAAAUCAAGAAUUGCAAAUCAAGCCAAAAAGUGGAAACUCAAGAAAAUAUUGAGGAAGAAACUCACCAAAAAGACUAUGAUGAAAUCCAUGUUCAGGAUCAAAUAGCUCUUAAAGACAUUGAAUGCAAUGAAUUACAAAAAGAUGUACUUCUCACAGAAUCAUUUUCUGAUGACGCUGAAACAUACUGCUCAGUACCUUACGUUGCUAGACCAUCUAAUUGGCAGGAUGCUCAUUCAGCGUUCCUCACCAAGCUGAGAAAGUUUCGACCCCUGCAUUCUUGAUGCUGCUGUGAUGUUAGCUACUAAUUUGUGUUGUAUCAGAAUAAACUGUUACAAAAUA